CCAAACCCCCAAAACUCCCCCCCGAUUCCCCAAAACCCCCUCAGGCCCCCCCAGCACCCCCCAAAUCCCCUCCUAGACCCCCCCAAUCCCUUCUAGACCCCCCCAAACUCUCCCAGACCCCCCCAAACCUCCCCAAGACCCCCCCAAAUCCCCCAAAAUCCCCUCCUAGACCCGCCCCAAUCCCUUCUAGAGCCCCCCAAAACCCCCCAAAACCCCCUCAGCUCCACCGAGAUCCCCCCAAACCCCCCAAACUCCGCACCAGACCCUCCCCAGACCCACAAACUCCCCCCAGACCCUUCCAGCGCCCCCAAAUCCCCUCCUGGACGCGCCCCCCCGUCCCCUGUAGCCCCCCAGAGCCCCGAUGCCGCUGGGGCUGGGCCGCCGCAAGAAGCCGCCGCCGCUGGUGGAGAACGAGGAGGGCGCCGGGGGCCGCGGGGGGGCCCCGGGAGAGCCCGGGGGGGCCCCGGGGGGGGUCCCGGGGGCGGCGCCCCCUCCGCAGCCGCUGCGGCCCCGCCUGGUGUUCCACACGCAGCUGGCGCACGGCAGCGCCACCGGCCGCGUGGAGGGGUUCGGGAACGUGCGGGAGCUGUACGGGAAAAUAGGAGAGGCCUUCGGGAUCCCGCCCAGCGAGGUGCUGUUCUGCACGCUGAACACGCCCCAGGUGGACAUGGAGAAGCUGCUGGGGGGGCAGAUCGGGCUCGAGGAUUUCAUCUUCGCGCACACGCGGGGCCGCCAGAAGGACGUGCAGGUGCUGAAAUCUGAGGAGGCGCUGGGGCUGACCAUCACCGACAACGGAGCGGGAUACGCCUUCAUCAAGCGGAUCCGGGAGGGCUCGGUGAUGGCGCGCACGCCCCAGGUGGGCGUCGGGGACGUGCUGGAGGCGCUGGACGGGCGCAGCCUGGUGGGGACGCGGCACUUUGAGGUGGCGCGGCUGCUGCAGGAGCUGCCCCGCGGGCACCGCUUCAGGCUGAGGCUGACCGAGCCCAGGAGGGCAUGGGACGGGGUCGGGCCCCGCUCCGGGGGGGUCUCGGCUCGGGGGGGGCCCCCCCAGGUGCUCUCGGGCCGGGGGACGCUGAGGCUGCGCUCGAGGGGCCCGGCCACGCUGCAGGAGCAGCCGUCGGCGUUCGAGGAGCGCGCGGUGGCCAAGGUGGACGAUCUGCUGGAGAGCUACAUGGGCAUCCGGGACAGCGAGCUGGCGGCCACCAUGGUGGAGCUGGGCCGUGACGCCCGUGACCCCGACGCUCUGGCCGAGGCUCUGGACGCUCAGCUCGGCGACUUCGCCUUCCCGGACGAGUUCGUGUUCGACGUCUGGGGCGCCAUCGGCGACGCCAAGGCCGGGCGGUGCUGAGAGCCCCGAAACUGGGACCCCCCAAAAACACCUGGGGGGGACCCCAGAACCGCCGGGAGCCCAAAACCCCGAGACACCCCCAAACGGGGACCCCAAAACCCUGGGACACCCCCAAAUGGGGACCCCAAAACCCGGGACCCCCAAAACCCUGGGACACCCCCAAAUGGGGACCCCAAAACCCGAGACCCCAAAACCCUGGGACACCCCCAAACGGGGACCCCAAAACCCUGGGACACCCCCAAAUGGGGACCCCAAAACCCGGGACCCCAAAAACCCCGAGACACCCCUACAUGGGGACCCCAAAACCCUGAGACACCCCUAAAUGGGGACCCCAAAACCCAGGACACCCAAAACCACUGGGACCCUAAAAACUACUGGGACCCUAAAACCCCAGGACACCCCAAAAACCACUGUGAACCCAAAAACCACUGGGACCCCAAAACCCGGGACACCCAAAAAUCCUGGGACACCCCCAAAUGGGGACCCCAAAACCCCGAGACGCUUCCAAAUGGGAACCCCAAAACCCGGGAUCCCCAAAAACCACUGGGACCCCAAAACCCGGGACCACAAAACCACUGGGACCCCAAAACCCUGGGACACCCCCAAAUGGGGACCCCAAAACCCUGGGACCCCAAAAAUCGCAGGACACUACAAAACUCCCUGGGACACCCCAAAAACCCCAGGAUACCCCCCUGAAUGGGGACCCCAAAACCAACUGGACAUCCCUGAAUGGGGACCCCAAAACCCUGGGACCCCCAAAAACUGCUGGGACCCUCCCGAAUGGGGACCCCAAAACUCUGGGACACCCCAAAAACUCGGGGACCCCAAAAUCCCAGGACCCUCAAAACCCUGGGAAACCCCAAAAACCACUGGGACCCUAAAAACCCCUGGGUGCCCCCCGAAUGGGGACCCCAAAACCCCUCAGGACUGGGGACCCCAAAACCCUGGGACACCCCCAAAACUCCCAGGGGCUCCCCUGAAUCAGGACACCCCAAAACUCCCUGGGACACCCCAAAAACUGCUGGGACCCCCAAAAAUCCCGGGACUGUCUUGAACAGGGACCCCAAAACUCCCCGGGAUUGGGGACCCCAAACCUCUGGGACACCCCAAAAACCACUGGGACCCCUCUUGAUGGGGACCCCAAAAUCCCAGGACCCUCAAAACCCCGGGAAACCCCAAAACCCCUGGGUUCCCCCCAAAUGGGGACCCCAAACCCCCCCAGGGCCUGUGGGAUUGGGGACCCCCCAAAACCUCCCGGGACCCCCCCAAGGGAUUGGGGCCCCCCAUAAUUAGGGGGGACCCCCCCCAAAAGCUGGAACCCCCCCCCCCCCAAAAUCUGCUGGACCCCCAAAGUGCCCUGAGCCCCCCCCAAAAUUCCCUGGGGACCCCCAAAUCCUUUGUGUGUCCCCCCCCCCCCGGUGCCACCUGAGCCGGUCACCGUCACUGUCACACACCUGUCACACAC